UCCUCCCUCUCUUAAUUCCUAAUUCCUUUUGGGAAGAAUGAUGUCUAAACUCCCCCUCUAUUUUAUUUUCUUCAUCUCAUGCUCUCAGCUCUUUUUCUCUUCUUUCUCUUUCUCUAAUUCCACCAAACUAUGCCCUCAUCACCAAACCCUUGCUCUACUCCAACUUAAGAAAUCCUUUUCCGUUAUUGACAAUUCCAGUUUUUGGGGAUGCGAUUACUAUGGUGUCAUGGCUUAUCCCAAAACAGAGUCUUGGAAGAAGGGUAGUGAUUGCUGCUCAUGGGAUGGAGUGACAUGUGAUAAGGUGACAGGCCAUGUAAUUGGGCUGGACCUUAGUUGUAGCUGGCUCUAUGGCACCAUCCAUUCCAAUAGUACCCUCUUCCUCUUUCCUCACCUGCGAAGGCUCAACCUUGCUUUUAAUGACUUCAAUGGAUCCUCUAUUUCGGCUGGGUUUGGCCGGUUCUCAACCUUGACGCAUCUCAACCUCUCCUCCUCUGAAUUUUCUGGAAAAAUUGCACCAGAAAUCUCCCACCUCUCCACCUUGGUCUCACUUGAUUUGUCUAGGAAUUAUGGAGCAAAAUUUGCCUCGCAUGGCUUCAAUUCUCUGGUUCAAAAUUUAACCAAGUUGCAGAAGCUUCACCUUGGAGGGUUUUCCAAAAUCAAAUCCCCAUUCAUGAGCCUAAGAAUCAUUGAUCUUGCUCGCAAUGAUUUCGAGGGUGACUUGCCUGAAAUGUAUUUGAGAAGUUUGAAAGCAAUAAUGAAUGUAGAUGAAGGCAAGAUGACAAGAAAAUAUAUGGGGGACCAUUAUUAUCAAGAUUCCAUAAUGGUGACAAUCAAGGGGUUGGAGAUUGAACUUGUGAAAAUCUUGAAUACUUUCACAACAAUUGAUUUAUCAAGCAAUAAAUUCCAAGGAGAGAUUCCAGAGUCUAUUGGAAAUCUUAAUUCACUUCGAGAGCUCAAUUUGUCUCACAACAACCUUGUUGGACAUAUCCCAUCAUCUUUUGGGAAUUUGAAGUUGCUUGAAUCAUUGGACCUCUCUUCAAACAAGCUCAUUGGGAGAAUUCCUCAAGAAUUGACAAGUUUAACAUUUCUUGAAGUUUUGAAUCUUUCCCAAAACCAUCUCACUGGAUUUAUACCUCGAGGAAAUCAGUUUGAGACAUUUGGAAAUGAUUCAUACAACGGGAACUCAGGGCUAUGUGGAUUUCCAUUGUCGAAGAAAUGUACAACUGAUGAAACACUAGAACCUUCAAAAGAAGCGGAUGCAGAGUUUGAAAGUGGAUUUGAUUGGAAAAUCACAUUGAUGGGAUAUGGAUGUGGAUUGGUAAUCGGGUUGUCUCUUGGGUGUUUCAUUUUCUUAACUGGGAAACCUGAAUGGUUUGUCCGUAUUAUUGAAGAGAAUUUGCACAAUAAGAGUAGAAGGUCUAAAAGGAGCACUCGUAGGCGAAGAGCAAGAAGAAACUAAGUCAUUCCAGUUGCAUUGUAUUAUCAUUUGCUAUGUAAUAUAAGUUGUUUUUUACAUUAUCGUGUUAACAAAUAAUCUACAUUGUGAUUAUAUAAGUGUAAUCUUAUUUAUAAAUUUGAA